UCUCUGUUCGGGGGACUACGUUUCGGCGAUUUCCAAUCGCUGUCGCUCGCCGGUUCGCUCGCCGGUCAUCAUUAUUCGAAUUCGUCGUGGAGUAAGGUUGGAACUUACAAAGACAUUACGCCAACAGAAACGUACACUCGUGUACGUUCGCGCGAAAUGUAUCGUCGUUCAAGAUUUCGCGCGACAGUCCUAAGCAACGGACAAGCGACAAGACGCUCGCAUUCGCUUGUCACCAGUUGUGUAUCGAAAUUAAAUCCACAGCGGCAGCAGCAUCAACAACACCAACAACAGCAACACCAAAACCAGCAGUAGUAGUCAUAAUAGUGCCCUCCUGACCAUCCACCAUACCGCCAUUGGAUAUCUCAUCCGCUCGUAGCCCGCGGACUAACCUCCUUUCUCAGGACGGCUCUCAGGGCGAACCGUAGCACCAGUCGCUAUGACAAAAGGUGGCAUCACUGGGAACGUGUUGGAAACACGGACGGUACAGCGCUCAUUCAUAUGACGCCAUUUUACUAACCUUCCUCGUCGUGCCUACCGCGAUUAGCGACAAGAAAGCAGCGUCGAGGCAUUUUACCGCGGGCUACGCGUCGCGUUUCCACGCGGCCGAUCGCAUCGUUGCGCGAGUAAUCGGCUCCACUUCACGUCCCGUGACAAAUAUAUCGCUAUAAUAGAGUUUGCAUUAUUAUGGAAGAUGAGGAUGGAGAAAGUAGAAUUCUAGAUAUGUGGAACAUCUUGGAGGAACAACGACUCAAGGAUUCGACACUCAGUAAUGUAUUAAGACAUUCCAUCGAUGACGUAUACACUGAUGUAAUUGAAGAGGAGAAACAGCUAAUACGCUACAAUUCGAUCAUAACGAAGGAAUCGUCCGGUAGAAAUACUGUGGCAAAUCCGAAACUCACGUUCAAAGGCUUCAAGAAACGCAUUCUAGCUCAGGCUCGAGACACCCACACCGCCAGCCCGAAGAAUAGCACGUCGGAAACGCAACAGUCGACGCAUCCUAAUGCAAGGGUUAACAAGGACAAGAGAACAGAGGGGAAACGGGAGCGUAAGAUAACAGAGUACGCUCAGUAUUUGGGUCUUCAGCCGUCUGCGAGAUACAAAUGCUCCAAGUGUCAUACGUGGUCCCUCUGUGGUCCCAAUACGAAGCAAAACUCUUGCACCUGUAAUUCUAGUAUGACACCGAUGCCGAGCACCUCCGAAUCGAGUACUUCGAUGUCGCACAGCGCCAGCAGCUUCAAGAUCACGAGAAAGGUUUACCUGUGCGCGGCGUGUGGUACAUAUUUCGAAAACUGGAAUUUAUUUUUACACAUGAGGGACAUACACAAGCGUCACAUAUGCCUCUACUGCCUCGGCAUGUUCGGCCAGGCGGAAAGGCUGUCGUAUCACUUGAUGAAGAAGCAUAGCGUUCCAGAAAUGGCGUUUACCUCGGUGGAGGAUUUCUAUAACGCUUUCAAAGGCUCGUGCUACCUGGUCUGUUGCAGCUGCGAAAGGGUUUUCUCGGAAACCGACGAUUUCUUUAAUCAUUAUUGUUCGCUCAUGUUGAAACAGGAUGCAACCGACACCGGCUCUUCGGUCUGUACUAUAUGCAGGCAGAGUGCGGGUACGCACGCGAGUACCUGCAGUUUCGCGUCGUCGUCGGAUGCGGAUAGAGAUUUGUAUAGCUCCGCGACGCCAUUAUCAGCCGAUGCGACGCACGCGGAUAACGCGUCGCCAGCGGCCAUCCUUCCACCGGAAAAAACGACGAAUCUUGGAGGUAAGGGACCACCGAGGAAAGCGAUCAAACACAAGAGCAAGCAUAGCGGAGGAGAUGCGCAAAAUUCCCGCCAACAAAAAUCGACCGCGUCAACGAGGAAACUAGGAGCGAACACCCGAUGUAACGAAAGCCAACUCGAUCGCAGCCUCGAUAUCCAAAGAGAAAUAACAAAUAAUUUACCUAGAGACACUGUUACCGAGACAAUAAUGGAGGUGUCCAGAUACACGGGCGGCGAUUCGUCUGACGAGAACGACGAGAAUGACGAGCAAACGAUGAAUAAGGACGUGUGUAACAAUCACGAUAAGGAAUCGAGAGAACCGUCACCGGUUCAAAAUUAUCAACUCGAUCGCAACGAACCUUACGACAGCGUUACCGAGACCAUCAUGGAGGUGUCACGUUAUACAGGUGAAGAAGAUCAAAGCGAGAAGGAAAAGGACUCGACGUGUAUCACAGAUGAAUGUACGUCGCGCACGAUUGAUGAGAAGAUGAGUAUCGAAAACAACGAAACGUGCGAUAAAAGUGGUGAUGUUGACUUGGUACGCUCGAGCAAUUCAAAACCACCUAGUCCAGUACAGUGGGAAGCCGAGGAUACCGCGAUGGCGGAUGCAAAGGCGAAUGCUACGUGCGAACCUGAAAUUGAGAGUGAAUUUCGCUCAUAUGGCAGUCCGCAAAACGUACAAAGUCCUGUCGCUCGAUCGCUAUUUAGUCCCCAACACGAGUCGCACGCGUUAGAUCCCAAAGAAAGAGAACAUGUUGAGGAUGUCGAGAAGGACGAAGAGGAGAAACCGGUUGCGACGUGCCCCGCUGAAUCCCAAGCUUCGGUUUCGUUUAACACUGUUGCCAGUUCCGACAGGAGUUUGAUCAUCAAGAUUUGUAACAGAAAUUCGCAAUUUAGCGUUGCAACGACCACCACGGCGAGCAAAAAGUCUGAGGAAAAUAAUAACGCCCAAGGAUCGACGUCGAGGGACAAAAUGUUAAACGGCUCGAAAAUGGAGAGAGACAUCAACGAGGGUGACGAAGCGAACAACGAAUUGGAUGACAGCGACUCCGACAGCGAUAAACUGGCAGUAGUGGAUAGCAAUCCGGAAGAAGACGAAGAAGCGGAAGACGGUGAGGAGGCUGAAGAAGCGGACGAGGUCGAAGAACCUGAAGGUGACAAAUGUAACGACGCGAGAGACGACGAGAAUCAAAAGAAUCAGGAGGAAAACGACGGAAUCACAAUUGAAACGAGUACCGAUCGAGAUACCUUUGCCAUCGCGUCGAUGCCGGGCGACGUUAGUAUCGAGAAAUUUGUUAACAAUGAGGUCGAAGAUGCGGCGAAAAGUGUCGCAAGCGACCAGCCGAAGAAGAGCGAUACCACCGGUAUCGAUGGUGCUAUUGCACUAGCCGGCGAGGACGCCCCAUGCAUCGACUUGAAUGUCGAAGGUACCUUGGAUAGUAUGGAUCUAGAGGAGCUGCUUAAACGUUGCAUCGAGGCGGCCAGUCCUAUCUGCGUUUAUUGCAAUCACGCUCGUCACAUAGCCAUCAACGGCAAGCAAUUGGGCCUGCAUAUGCUGGCGGAGCACAAGUUUCAGCCACAGCAUCCAGCAAUCAUCAUUCAGAUGGAGCAAUUUACCGCACGGGUCAGGAAGUCCCUCGAUGAACUCGAGUCCCGUUACUUCAACCUAAGCACGUAUACCAGCGCAAACGGCACGUACAAUGUACCGGCCAUGCUGAUAUACGAGUGCUUUCACUGCAGAUUCCACUCCGCGAUACACAAGGAAUUGUAUCUGCACAACCGGAAGAUGCACCAGAAAACCAUACUGAUCUGCAUAAUGUGCAAAUCGACAUUUUACAGUUACAGCGAGUUGCUGUGCCACCUGUGUCCCGGGAUUUAUUCGCCAAACGUGAACCUAAGGUACCGUUGCUGCCUCUGCUCAGUAGUGAGCCUCCCAUCGGCGUUCCGGCUCAUGGUGCACCUGCGUAAGCGUCAUCACGUUUGCGACGUCUGUCUAGAGUCCACCGGCAAUCAGCAGCGUCUCUCGAAUCACGUGUGGAAGCACAAGCUACAUCAUUUGUGUUACAGAUGCGGCAUCGCGUACCGCAACAAACCAGACAUCACGAAGCACCUGUUUUGGAAACACGGCACGGAGAGCGUUCUGUGCCGGAAGUGCCUGCAGAAGAAGUGGCCGCACAUAUAUCACUUCUGUAUACCACCCACGGCGUUCGUCUGCGAGGAAUGCGGCUUAAGCUUCGGCCGCGCCGUGGCGCUCAAGGUGCACAAGAGGCUGCACUCGGGCGAUUCGCCGUACGGUUGCGACGAGUGCACGGAACGCUUCAUAUCGCGAAAGCUCCUGGCCAAACAUCAGGCAACUCACAGGGAAUCAAAAGCAGAAAAUAUCGAUGUCAAUACGAUGGAUGUGGUUUAUGCUCCAACCGUGGAAGGAGAUGAGAAAUCGGAGACGACGGCAGCGACGAUUGACGGAGGCGCCGUGACGACGGGAGCCACGGGAGUCGAUACCACGAAGAGCGUUAAAGAGGCUGUGAAAAAAGUUGUCGACGUUUACGAUCUUCCUCCGCUUAACUUGUCGUCCGAAAGUGAUACGGAUAGCGAGGAACAGAAGGUUACUUCCGCGGAGAAAUUGCCGGAGAAGGAAACAGUUACGAAGGAGACGACGGAAAAGAAAAGCGAGAUCGCCGAAGAGCUCUUCACCGCCGUCGCCGAUGAUGCUGCUGCAUUGAAUAAUGACAUAGUCGAAAUGGAACGGAACGAGGAAGAGAAAAAGCAGGAGGCACGCAUUAUGGAUGAUAUAUGGGACAACUUCAAGACAUAUGCCGCCAGUCUGGACGUGGAAGAAUCCGCUAAGAACAUUGCGUUGAAGGAAAGCGUGCCCGAGACCGAUGCCGCGUAUCUAAGAAGUAUUAUCUUCGCUGACCACGACUAUUUCGUAGUCUAUUCCGACAAGGAAAAAAGCGAGGAUCAAGUGAUUGCCAAAGUCGAUGACAUAAAGGACGAGCGCGACGGAGUCAAGUCUAAGAGGAGUCCAUCACCCGGUACGCCGAACCAUAAUGCUGGAUGCGACAGUGACGCGAACAAACGGAAGGUGAAGACCUCUAAGAAAAAGAAAAGAAGCGACAGUACAUCGUCCACGAGUGAUUCUUCGAGCGAUUCCGAUACGAGCAGCUCGAACUGCAGCUGCACUAGCUCUUCUUCCGGCAGCUCUUCUAGCUCUAGCAGCAGUUCCGACUCUGACAGCUCCACGUCUGAGAGUUCGCCCAGGAAACAAUCGAGCAAUCGUAAAGAAAAGCACAAGAAGGAGAGAGAAGUCGUGACAGAGGACAAAUUGCAAUCCGUUGAGCUAGAAAGCAAGCCGGAGAUUAUAAUAGAGAAAGAUCUAGUGGUUGCCGAGUUAACGAGCGAGCUUCCCACGAUCGCAGCGAAGCCACUGCUGCGGGAAUCCGACUUGGAAACCGAGGAGACCGAGACGGAUGAGGAUUUUUACGACGAGCACCCGCAAUUGCUUGCUAAUAAAUUGCUGUCGGAGAAGCGCAAUCAGUUGCUGUUAUUAGCCGCGGUCGCGCCAGCAUCGACAUCAGUCCCAGCAUUGACGCCAGUAAUGGAACAACCAUCGACACCACUCAACAAUGGCAUUUUGGGUACGGAACAAGCAGAGCCAGAGCUGAUUAUGAUCAGCGAGGAUCAGCAACCGCAACAGCAGCAAAAGAGAAAAAUCAAGACAAAGAAACGACGGAAGGGCGAAAGAGGCGGGAAGCGCAACGCGACUGCUAUGGAAUCGAUCAAGCUAAACAUUCCCAAGGCGUAUUACCGGAAAAAUCCGGGAUUCGUCACAUCAUCGCCAGCGAUGCUACCUAAUAGCAAGUCCUCGACACCGAAUCAACUGUCGGCUGUUCCAUACAACGACCAUCAUGGUGGGGUUGACGUCGCGAUGGAGGUGAUGCAGCAGCAGCAGCAACAAACAUCAUCCGUCAUUGGCGUACCAAGUCAGCAUAUCGGUGCCGGUAGCUUGGAGACGGAGAAUAAGAGAGUUUCGAAGAGGAAACGCGUGCCGAAGCGUUUUUAUGGCGAUUCGAGCGAUGACGAGGACAAACAACCAGCGUUCAACAAGUGGCGGAAGACCUCUGCUAGUCCAUCGACCUUCGCAUCGCCACCGCCACCACCUACAGCGAUGACAUCGCCGAAUCUGAAGCCGAUUGUCCCAAGAUAUUCCCUGGGAGGCAAGACUGGAACGCAGACAUAUGGCAACAGGUCCCAGGUAAUCCAGAUGGAGCAGGCAGUCAGCCAGCAACAGGCAGUCCUAUCCGAGGCGUUGCCACGCAUUACGCCAACAUCUGUCACGGAAUCUGAUGAUCCUGCAGAGAGUAGCAGUGACAGCAGCGAGUCUGAGACGGAGGAUAGCCAGGCAAGGAUUCGUCGUAACAAUCUGACGAUGCCACCAACCAUAAAUGCGUCAGCGGCGGAGCGACCCGGCAAGAUUUAUUGUUAUUGUCGCUGUCCAUAUGACGAAGUGUCAGAGAUGAUAGCUUGCGAUGGCGAGGACUGCCGCAUUGAAUGGUUCCACUUUGAGUGCGUCGGUAUAAUGGUGCCACCCAAGGGCAAAUGGUAUUGUCCGGACUGUCGGAAGAAGCACGGCAUCGUACAAAACAAUGAUGAGUAUUGCGAUUGAUAGUGAGAUGAUAAACAGGACAAUGAUGAUAGCGACUCAUUACCAAAUUCGAUUGAAGAAGUUGUUGCUUUUAGGCGUAAUGUUAGGAUUUUCCUUUUUUCUCUUUUUCACAAGAAGGAAAAAAAAAUACUACACUGUUCCAUGUUGAUAUUUUUCUUAAGCCGAUAUGUAGACAAUGUUUGUACAUAAUUGUGUAAAUACGUCCUAGAGUUUGUAAGAAUGAAAACAUGAGGUUUUUGUGUACA